GGCAAACGUCCAGGUCUAGGAUCAUGUCUAACAAAAGCUGGUGGGAGCCAUCUGACGGUGAGGACACAGUGUCUGAGAAGUUCCUAAGGAAGACCAGGGAGUCUCCUCUGGUGCCCAUAGGCUUAGGAGGUUUCCUGGUGGUGGCAGCAUAUGGGAUUUACCGGCUGAAGGCUCGAGGUUCUACCAAGAUGUCCAUACACCUGAUUCACACCAGAGUGGCAGCACAAGCCUGUGCUGUGGGUGCGAUCAUGCUGGGUGCUGUAUACACAAUGUAUAGAGAUUUCAGCAAGAGGAUGGCACAGGACUCUGGAGAGAAGUAGGAAUCCUGAGUGGGCAGAACAGCCCAUACCUUGCAUCAGUCUCUGAUGUACCUAAUAAAGUAGUAUUGUGGAAAGCCAACUGUUUUCUUCACCUGCAGAGAGUAGAGAAAGGGAA